AUCUAAAUAUUUUUGGCUUUAUUAAUCUUAAAAAAAAAAAUAGCUCAUCCUUCCUAAAUUACUCGUUUUUUGUGAACUUGUUCGAGGUAAUGCUGAUUGAUUUUGUCUGAAAAUUCAUCCUCAAUCUUUGUAUUUUAUCUUUAAUUUCAUAUAAAUUUCACUCCUUUUCUUCUUCACCAAUUCUGGGGACAGACCCUUAAGAUCAAACUCUAGAAUCCGGCACCUUGCAUCAAAACCCUAAAAUUCCGGUGAUUGAAGAACGGUGUUACUUCCAGCAGCUGUCAGAUUUUGUCCAACCACCAACAAUUCUUAGCCUAGAAUGAAUAAAGGAGGCGGUGGAGGUGGAAGUGGGCCUACAGCCGCUGCUGCGGCUGCAGCAGCUCAGAAGCAGAAGGCUCUCUUGCAGAGAGUUGAAAAUGAUGUAUCAAGUCUCGUUGACAAUUUCACUAAUUUAGUCAAUGUUUCCCGGGUAAAUGAGCCACUAGUCAAAAAUCAACAAGAAGCUUUGACUAUGGAGGUGCGCGCAGCCAAAAUGGUCCAGGCAUCUGAUUCAUUAUUGAAAUUAGUAUCAGAACUGAAGCAGACUGCCAUCUUUUCUGGAUUUGCAUCGCUCAAUGACCAUGUAGAACGACGUAUAAGCGAAUUCAAUAAGCUAUCAGAAAAGACGGACACUACAUUGAGUAGCAUUGGAGAAGAAGCUGCUGCUAGCCUCAAAGAGCUCGAGUCUCAUUUCUAUUCUUCUGCUGAAAAAGACAGCCGACAUUCGUUACCCUAAGGUACCAUUAAAGUUCCAUUCUUACCUUCUAAUAGCAAAAGAAGUGAAUAUCUACCAUUAUGUUUAUGUUCUGUUGGGAGUUCUUUAGGUUAGCAAAUUGGUUGAGGCGUUUGACUUGUAUUUACACUCAUUGAUGAAGUUUCCAAUUUCACAAUUUUUCGGGUGAGACAGUGUCACGGUGAGAUAUGGGCUGAAUAGCCCGACUAAUACAAUUAAAAUAUGAGUUUCUUAUUUUGAGGUCGUUUCACCGAGAAAUGGUCUCUCACAAAAGUAGGUCUUUCAAUUUUUAUCUUAUUUUGUAGUAUAGUUUUAUUAUUUAUCAUGUAUCCUAUAAUUAGAGCUAUAAAUUUUUUAUCUUGUGCUUUUGUUGUAUUUUUGAUGUUUUUUUUGUUAUAUUAUAACGAUUUUUCUAACUUAUGUACCAUCUAGUGCAUAAGUUUAGACAAUAAAUUUAGUAAUUAUUUUGAAUUUAAUAGAAAAUAUCUUCUAAAAUAGUCAAAUAUAAUAAUAUUUUAGAGAAUAUUCUAAAUGAAAUUUCAAAAAUUAUUAAUUUUAUUGUCAAAAUCUAUGCACCUGAUAAGUAGGUUAGAAAAACCAUUGUUAUAAAUUUACUAAUUCACCUCCAUGACGAAUGUUUCUAAUGCAUUUUAGAAAGAAUUAAUUACAUGAUAAGUCCUUUUGGUAUAACGCACAAUCGUUAUCAUUUAAUGUGUAAUUCAACAUUUACAACUACUAUAAGAUUACACACACUCUUUUCGCUCUAAGCUCACUUAGGAUUUGCUCUCUCUAAUCCUUACAAUUUUACAAUAAAUUUAGCAAUUAUUUUGAAUUUAAUAAAAAAUAUCUUCUAAAAUAGAUAAAUGUAAUAAUAUUUUAGACAAAAAUCAACCAAUUUUGCUACUUAACUACUCCCUACAUCUUCAUCAAUUUGCAUCAAUUUUUAUUUUGGGUUGUCUUUUUUUUUUUUUUUUUGCAUUAUUUCUUUAUAUGAAAUUUGACCAAACUACUAUCUUCUACUCACAUCCACGCAUUUAAAUUCUCUUUUAACGUCAUUCAUGCAAUUUAAUUUCUCUUUUUAUUUAAUUUAACAUUUAUUACACUAGAACACAAAAUAUUAUAACUUCCUAUACUCUUAAAAUUCACAUUAUUUCACUUAAAUACAAUAGGGAGUAACAUAUUGUUAUUUUCUAAUUUUUUUUUAUGUUCUCAUAUAUUUGAAGGUUUGAUGGCAUUGAUGCAUUGAUAGUUUUGUCUUGUAUAGAAUUAAGAUUAUAAAUAAAAGAUGAUGAAGAUUAUAUCUGCUUUUAGGAAACUAUGAUCAGGGUCUAGAAAAGGAAAGAAGACGACAACUCAUAUCCAUAAAGGAGAGUGUAGUCAAAGAGUCCAUCGGCUAGAGAAA